AUGGAAAAUCUGGAAGUCCAAGAUGCCGAAAUGGAGUGUUUAUCUAGCACAUUCGAUGCUUCUGACCCCAUGGUAUCCCUAGAAUACAACAAGAAUAGUCGUCGGGGCUCUUUUACUAUUAGUCAGUCACUGGGAUCUCGGAGAAUAAAUCUUCUUGCGAUGAAUACCACACCAAAUACACGGAACGAUUUUUUCGUAUCCGAUGGGAAGAUUGAGUAUUACGAGAUUUCUCAUUUGCCCCCUCUACGUUUUCAUUUUGCAUUGCCAGCGGAAUAUCCUGAUACAGUCGGACCGGAGUUUUUCCUAGAGUCGAUAUGGUUGCCGGGAUGCCUGCUAAACCGUUUGAAUGACCGCUUAAAGGAAUUGAUUUCGGAAAACGCUGGUGAACCUGUUUUGUGGCUGUUGAUAGAUACUAUUCGAAAUGAGGGAGUAGAAAUUUGCUUGGGCAGUCAUUACGAUUUCACAAAAAAUGCCAAACUGGACCUCAUAACAUUUUACGGCAAUUUUGAUGAAGCAAUGCCACUUCCUCUGAGUGCGUGCCACGAAUUGCUCGUGAGCCACAAUGACGAUUGUUUGGACUUGGAAUUCCAGAAAAGUCUCUCAGAAUGCGCAAUUUGUGCUGAAACUAAAAAAGGAUCCAGAUUUUUUCGUUUUCCUAAAUGUCGUCACCGAUUUUGUCGAGAUUGUGUACAGAACGCUUUUGUUCUAGCAAUCAAAGACGGAUUUAUGUCUUCACGGCUAACUUGUCUUGAAUGCGACCAGGAAGCCGGAUAUCAUGAGGUUCGCAGUGUUGUUUCGAGAGACUGGUUUGAACAAUAUGAAGCUCUUGCACUAAAACGCGGUAUUAGUUUGAUGCGUGAUGUGGUCGUCUGUCCGCGACCCGGUUGCGAAACUGUCGUACUGCUGGACGAUAACACUUUAGGACGUUGUCCACAGUGUGAACUAGCUUUCUGUCCACAUUGUCUCAAGACAUAUCACGGGACCGUUCAAUGCGCUGCAUUCCCCAGACCCGCUGAUGCCCUGUCACCGGAGGAUCUUAAACGUAUAAAGAAGGAAGAGAACGCCACCGAUAGAUUCUUGGAAGAGGAGACGACACGCUGUCCAGGUUGUUGGGCUCCUUGCUUGGUACGUGAUCAAGGUUAUUGA